AUGUCCAUUCAGACCAGAGUGACCCACUUCAUCCUCAGGGGCUUCUCAGACAUCCCAGAAUGGAGGCCAGUAGUCAUUGUCUCUUUCCUGUUGGUCUAUGCCUUUGGCCUCCUAGGCAACAUGUCCAUCAUCACAGCUGUGCUUAGAGACAGCCACCUCCACACACCCAUGUACUUCUUCCUGAAGAAUUUGUGUUUUCUGGACCUGAGCUACACCUCGGUCACCAUCCCCAAGGCACUGGCUACCACACUACAGGGUCCUGGGGUCAUUUCCUACCUCGAGUGUUUGGCUCAGCUUUACAUGUUUUUCACACUUGCUUCAGCUGAGUGCUUUCUGCUCACAGCCAUGGCUUAUGAUCGGUGUGUGGCCAUCUACAGGCCCCUGCUCUAUGGGACCAUCAUGAGCCAUGGACGGUGCUGGGCACUGGUGGUCCUGGCCUGGGUGGGCGGGACCCUCUAUUCAGCCUUCCACACCGUCAACACCUUUUCCGUGCUCUUCUGUGGGCCUAAAGUAGUGGAGCACUUCUUCUGCGACAUCCCCGCUCUCAUGAGGCUCUCCUGUGCUAUCUUCCACCCCAGGGAGGAGGUGGGCUUUGCCAUGAGCAGCUGCAUCGUCUUGAGCUCCUUCGCCCUCAAGGUCCUUUCCUACAUCCGCAUCCUCUCCACCCUCCUGCGGAUGCCCUCGGGGGACGGCCGCUGGAAGGCCUUGUCUACCUGCUCCUCCCACCUGAUCACUGUCCUCCUGUUUUACCGCAGUGGAAGCUUCACCUGCCUGAGGUCUGCGUCUCAGUACUCCCCCAUCCAGGGUUGCCUGGCAUCCGUCUUUUAUUUCAUCCUCACCCCUUCCUUGAACCUCGUCAUCUACUCUCUGAGGAACCGAGACAUGAAGGUCGCGCUGCAGAGGCUGAGCUGCCAGCGGAGUCUAAGCGCUGGGUGCUGCACAGCUGGCCUUGGUCCAGGUGUCUGA